UCCGCUAACCGAUUCGUGCGUGUGUGUGUGUGGAUAUCUCUUUCAAUUCCUUUUUAUUUCAUUCUGUGAAUUCAUGUUGUGGGAUGACAAGUGACCAACAAGUUCAUUCAGAAUUUCUUUGACCUUCAAUCGUUGACAUCAGCAUAUUUUAUUAGCCUUUAUUUCUGUUGGAGUCUUACUCAGAGAGUAAGAGAUGGGGACAGUUGUUGAUGACUUCAGACAACUAUUAAAAGACUGUGAGCUGUUUGUUUUUGAGAUACUCCAGGAUGAGAAUCUCAGUAAUCCUGCUCGAGAGGCCAGGGAAAUUCUCCUACGAAAUUUUCAUGUCAUCCAAAAGAGACACCCACAAGAAUUCCCCCACAGAUUUGAAUCCAAUCUUGAGGACAGUUCAGAUGACAACCACAGCUCCAGUCUGGGACGCUCUGCCCCCUCAGAUGAUAUGUCAGUGGCCUCUGACUACCAAGAGGAAGGUGCUCCUGAACUUUUUGAAGAGAUCCCUCUGGUGGCUGCACAGGACCUGAGUAACAUCCUAAAGCAAGGCUACGUGGAGAAGAAGAGACGUGAUCACAGUUUCUUCAGCAUGGAAUGGCAAAAGCGAUGGUGUGUGCUAAACAACACCAUAUUUUAUUACUACGGGAGUGAGAAAGACAAACAGCAGAAGGGCUCAUUUUAUAUUAAUGGCUACAGUGCAGAGCUGGUGCCCAGCUUACGCAAAGACUCCAAAAAGAAUUCGUGCUUCGAGUUGAGCGCUCCUGGAAGACGUUCUUACCAGUUCACUGCCAGCAGUCCCCGUGAGGCCAGGGAAUGGGUGGACCAGAUCAAUUUUGUUCUUAAGGAUCUGAGCUCUAACUUCAUCCCCUUUGAUGAUGAUGAGGAAGAGGAGGUGGAAGAAGAGGAAGAGACAUAUGAUGACAUUGAACGAGCUACCACACCUCCACCACCACGUCCUGGGCCAGCAUCUGCACCAGUUACAACAUUACUGAAUCUGGGACAAACCCCCCAAAGCAGCCGUGAGGAAGGGAAGGACCAAGCAGGAACUCAGGAAGAUGAAGAAGAGGAAGAAGAGGACGAAGAGGACAUUUAUGAAGUGCUUCCAGAUGAUGAAAAUACUGACAAUGCGGAAGAGUGGACUGAAAAGUCUGGGACUUCAGAUUAUGCAAAUUAUUACCAAUGCUUGUGGGACUGUGAAGCUGAUGGACCCGAUGAGUUGGCCUUCCAGAGAGGAGAUGUCAUCUACAUCCUUAGCAAGGAAUAUAACAUCCAUGGAUGGUGGAUCGGAGAGCUGGAUGGUGCUAUUGGCAUAGUCCCCAAGGAGUUUUUACAUCCUGCUUAUAUUCUAUGAGGUUUGCUUUUUGUGAAGAUCACAGAAUGUUCAGUGUUAUAACACUUCAACACCUGUCAUGGUUUGGAAACUGGCAAUAAUUAGAUUAGAAUGUAAAUUCAAGUAAAAUUGCAUUUUGGUCCAUUUCUAGAACCUAAACCCUGAGACCAAAUCAGUUUUUUUGUAUAUAUGCCUUGUUAUAUACUGCAUGAUUAGUGUACACUAAGAGGCUUGUCUAAAUCGGUCACGGUUUUCUGAUUUGUUCAAACAUAAGCCACAUUUCUGCAAAUGGUAUACAUGAGAAAAAUGUUAGUAGUGCAAGAACUUAUCACUUAUCACAAAGUCUGUGUUGUAUUUCACCAGCAUAAAUUAUUGAAU